ACAAAAUGUGUCCGAAGCGACGAAAAUGGAGAGAAUUACAGAACGAAAUCAUUUCUUUUCAGACGACAUGGGUCGAGUAGAGUCGGCCUCCACGCGUAGGCGGCGGAACUUGCUCCAUAUAUUCAACAAUACAUCGCUUAUCCCCUUCAAGUGGCGGGGAAAGUUCAUAUGCUAUUUUUGCGAGGAGAGGUUCAAAGACAGUAAACUGUUGCGCAAACAUUCCAAGUCGCAUCCGCCGGUCAAACUCAAAGACAAGGCGCUGCACUCACAGCGAAAGUGCAAUAUCGAAGUGAAGCUAGACGUUUCCGAGAUCACUUGCGAGAUUUGUAACGAGAGUUUUAACACCCUCGAUGAGAUUGUCCAGCAUUUGACAUUCAAACACAAUCUCGAGUACGACAAGUCGGUCGAAUCGCCGAUAGAGCCGUAUCGGUUAAUCGACUUAAAAUGUCUAGUCUGCGGAUUCGCCGGUAGGAACUUUAUCAAUCUAGUGACGCACAUGAAUAACAGUCACCCGCAUAAUAGCCACCCGUGCGAGCAUUGCGGUCAGAUGUUCAACAAACUUCGUGAUCUGGACACGCACAAACGAAACUUCCAUAAAGAAGGGGGCUAUCCGUGCGAGAUUUGCAAUAAAAACUUUCCAACUAACCAGAGGUUGCGGGUCCAUACGAAUAAAGCUCAUUUGUCGUCCUGUGAAAUUUGCUGCAAACAAUUUUCGACUAUAGAGAUUAAAAACAGACAUUUUAUUUCCGCCCACGCGGAUAUAUUCAAAGGAAUAAAGUCUGAGUAUCCUAGGUAUGACAUGAUAGACGAAGGAGACCUUCUAGAAAUGAACCAUCAGGACCUCAAUCAGAGGAAAGAGAAAGGGGCUAGGAAUCGCGCUAACAUAUCCGUUAUACUCAACAUGUCCACGGCUAUACCGUUUAAGUACUUCAAAAAUCAGUACCUCUGUUUUUAUUGUUCGAAGUAUUUCACCGAUUGCGAGCUGAUGAAAGAGCACAUUGUUAGUUCACACGUAGCGUAUAACACAAAACAGAAAGUUACGAAAGCACUGAAAGGUUCAGAUGUGUGUAUUAAGAUCGACAUUUCGAAUUUAACAUGUAAAGUCUGCUUUGAGAGUUUCGACGGAUUAGAGUCCCUGAUAGAUCAUUUGAUUGUGAAACAUAACGCUCCGUACGAUAAAAAUGUCACAGGGAUCAUGCAGCCAUUCAAACUGAAACGGGAUAACAUGGCAUGCCCAGUCUGUAACGCUGACAACUUUAGCUAUUUCGGCACGCUACUUAGACAUAUGAACAAAAACCACGCUAGUCAUAACUUCAUUUGUGAUAAUUGCGGAGAAGCUUUCGGCAGCACUCUGCUUCUCAAAGCCCACAUGAAUAGGUUGCAUAGCGAUAAGGAAUACAAGUGUGAAAUAUGCGGUAUUGUAUUCAAUCAGAGCUUGAAACUUGAGACGCAUAAGGCGAAAACGCACGGGGUCAAAAGUGUUGUUUGUCCAAAAUGUCCCGAAGCGUUCUUGUCAGAUUACGCUAAGCGAAAGCAUUUAAUGAGAGUCCAUAAUGUCGGCCACAAAUGUACUUAUUGCGAUAGGAUGUUCACGAAAAAUUCCUUCAUGCGGAGUCAUAUAAAACGAACGCAUUUGAAAGAGAAAAAUGUAGUGUGUCCAUACUGUAACGUUAAAUUCUUCGACAAUUAUAUCCUAAGGCAGCAUAUAGUCAAGCAUAUAGGGGAUAAGAACUUCCAUUGUGACGUGUGUGGCAAAAGCUUUUUCUGGAAAAAGAACUUGCGCGGCCACAUGGCGUCCCACAGCAAACAUACACAGAAUCUAGACGUACAAUUCUAAGCUAAACCUAAGUAUUUAUCUGUAUUUAAAUUAUGAAUCAACAAUAAUUGUGUAAUACAUAGUCGUGAUAUAAUGAAA